ACGAACCCGAUUUGGGUUAAUUUAAAGCAGAGAGCGCGCGUAACUGAAAAAGCCUAGGCAGGAGAGGAGAGCAAUGGAAACAGGGGAUUCAAGAACACUAAAUUGCUCAGUUGUAGCGAUUGAUCACUUCAAUUAUUGUUACUCUGUUUGUUCUCUCUGUGAAAAAACUCUAACCCCUGAUAAUAACAACGUCAAUUUAAACAACCACACCUCUUCUUCUUCAUCAUCAUCAUCUUCCAUUUGCAACCACUGUCAUUUCAAGAACCCUUCUUCUUCAGCUCCUAAGCGACUCUUUCGUGUCCUCAUGUCUGUAGCUUCGGAUACAGAAGUGUUUGUGGUGGUGAUGUUUGAUAGGGCAGCUAGGGUUCUGUUUGGUUGCUCUGCUGAUGACUUCUUUCACUUUGCCAAGUCGCAUCCUUUUUCAGAUCUUACUGCAGGGAAGAUUCUAGAGGGUGAGAUGUUGAGAGUGACACUCUCAAAGCCUAAAAAUGUAAAUGCACAACAUGAAAGAGUAGUAUCAGUUAUUCCCCUGCGCUCCGGUUUUCUUCCAGUAAUUGAGACCUUAAGGCAAUUGUACGGAGGAACAGUUGAUCAGUAGUCAGUGUCAGCUAUGUAUGGUACAUAUAAUAUUUUACUUGUGUGUUAGAAAUCUUGUGGUUCAGUUUAUGUUGAAAAAAAAUGUUUGUUUUUUACUUCAGCUCUUCUUUGCUGAAGAUUCCAUUGUCGAAGUAUUGCCAAAUUUUUUCAUGGGCAUCGUUUCUCGUUCCCUUUAAGACAUUUCAAUGUUUGAAGAAGAAAUGAUAUCUUAGUAUCUAUCUUUGUUAUUUCUGAUACUUGAAUCCUUACUUUUUAGAACUUGGUCAAUGUAUAUAAAGUAAAAACCAAACCAAACAUACUCAGUCUAUCACACUCAAAAUUAGGGUGUGGCGGUUGUAAGUUUUAUGCAGACCUUAACCUAUUUCAAGAGAAGCUGUGAUCCUUUGUGCAUCUCUAUCAUACUAUAUAUUCCUUCAAGGCAGUUAUGAUCAGUAACCAAAUACAAAGUCAGUCCGUUGUCUUAUUUUUUCUUUUAGCUGCCAUGUUUUAAAUUGCUAAUUUGUAGCUGCCAUGUUUUCACCUUGCAUCUAAAGUAUAUGGAAGCAGAUAAUAGGAUGACAUAAUUCUUAGCAUUGGCCUCUUGACUCACAAAGUAGAGGAAAUGUGAGUAUAAGGGUAGGUUAAUUUUGAGAAACCAUCACUACUAAUCUACCUUGUGCUUCUAAUUUUUUUGGUUGUAGUAGCCUAAAAUUCCUUAGAAUGACCAAUACUAGAACCCAAAUCAAAGGAAAAAUGAGUCAUAAGCUUGCUAAAGAAUAAAAUUACUCAAGUAAAUGAUACUACCAUAUUGUUCAUCAAUGCUACAAAGAUAUUCUACUAAGGGCGUAGGAAAUGUAUUUGUUUCUAGGGGCCUAGACAUGUAUACCUAUACAACCUUCCUUAGCAUGAGAUUGCACUCAUAAAGCUCUUUCCAGCAUGGUGGAAAGGAAACUCACCAUGCACUGGAAAAACAAUUCUCUUUUCUGAUGGGACUUUUACUAGUAACGAAAGUGCCUGCUGGAACAAUGUCGACUUCAUGUUUAGGGAAUAAAAUUAAAGUCUCUGAUGAGUUUAUCUGCUAGUAAAUUACUGUUUGUAAGCGAGGAGAAGGCUAAAACAGAUAGAAGGGUUCUUAUGUUACUAUAUGCUAUCCAGAAAUCUUCUUGGUGUACCUAUGAUAUUCACGUUCGCAAUCUCUAUACAUAUCAAUGUUUUCAU